UUUACCGUAACACCAGCCCACAUCCACUGAAGGCAGCGCUCCUCAUUACCUGUCCUGUUUGUUGAUGUUGUAACCAGCUCUGGGGAUCCGGGUCAGGGGCUAUAGCGGUCCUCCAGUCCACAGACAAGUUUUUUUGACAUACAAAGACAAUGCGGGAAGAGGACUCCUCCCCGAUGGACAGUGCGGGGAACAGCGAGGAAGAGACCGACCUUCAUCUUCCGCGGAGAGGCGCGAGGAAGCGGCGGGCUGCACGGAGGAGCGUAGACGCGGAGGAGGAGGAGGGGGACGCGGAGAGCCAGAGCCCGGGCCGCGGUAAGAAGAGGUGCAGGAAGAGCUGUGAGGGCGGAGGAGGCAGCGCCGGGAGCGGUGGCAGCGAGGCCAGCAGCAGCCCCGAGGGCUCCUUCGAAGACCUCCAUACGCAGCGCGUAAUGGCCAACGUCCGCGAGCGACAACGGACACAGUCUCUCAACGAGGCGUUCACGUCACUACGGAAGAUCAUCCCCACGCUGCCGUCGGACAAACUCAGCAAGAUCCAGACGCUGAAGCUCGCGGCCCGGUACAUCGACUUCCUAUGCCAAGUCCUGCAAAGCGACGAGCUGGACGCGCGGGGAACCAGCUGCAGCUACGUGGCGCACGAACGCCUGAGCUAUGCGUUCUCGGUCUGGAGGAUGGGGGGCGCGUGGUCCCUGUCUGCUGCAUCCCACUAGUAGAGCUGCUGUGGAUGGGACAGCAAGAUUAUCCAGACUGAGGAACUGGUGGAUCAGACCAACCCUUCAGAUAGACUGACACAGGCCAACCACUGCAGCUGAGGCCCUGGCACUGCAGCCACUGUACUUCCGGCCUGAGAGGAGAGCAGGCUUCUCACACUUCCCUUCGCAUGGACUGUCAUGUUUGCGAAGAAGCACUUAGGACAGACAGGAUGGAUAUGAAGAAAGAAGAGAGACCACUGCGACUAGAUGAAUGUUGUAAAAAAACUAACAAAAUGAGCUCUGAGGAACUGCACUGUCUUGAAACCUGAGAGAAAAAUGACAAUUCAUUCCACAUUCUUUGUGACAGUGUUUCAGAGCAGAUGAAGUAUUUUGUAUUUAUUUUUAUACACAGGUUUAAAAUUCCUUUUCCCCCCUUCUCAAAUAAAAGUUAUUUAUUUUGUUUGUUAUCAGAGAAUGCUGAACGCUGAAUGGAUCUGCGCAUUUUGAGUUUUGUAAA